GAGAAGCAUAUGAUCAACAAAGCAGCUGCGGCGUAAUCAACAGGUCCUGAACGCAUCAUUCCAGACAUGGGUUGCUAUGAUUGCUGUAUGCGCUGUUUGGGUGGGGUGCCGUAUUGCUCCCUCAUUGCCACAUUGCUCUGCUUCUCUGGCAUUGCCCUGUUCUGCGGCUGCGGGCACCAGGCGCUCACAGAAACCGAAAGACUCAUUGAGACGUACUUUGCCCGUAACCUUCAGGACUACAUCACCUUGGCCUACAUUAUUCAAUAUUUCCAGUAUGUCAUCUAUGGUUUGGCCUCCUUUUUCUUCCUCUACUGCAUUGUACUGCUGGCUGAGGGCUUCUAUACCACAAGCGCAGCCAAGCAAACCUUUGGAGAGUUCAGGAGCACCAUGUGUGGCCGCUGCCUCAGCUCCUCAUUCAUAGUGGUGACGUAUGUACUUGCUGUGCUGUGGCUGCUGGUGUUUGCUUUCUCGGCCUUGCCAGUCUACUUCUUCUACAACAUGGAUGCAACUUGCCACACCAUUAAUGUUCUGACCGAGACCCCAGCAAGUAUCAACCAGCUCUGUGUUGAUGCAAGACAAUACGGACUCUUGCCAUGGAAUGCUGUUCCAGGAAAAGCUUGUGGUAUGACCUUGUCCAAUGUUUGCAAAACCAGAGAGUAUCGGAUAACCUUUGAUCUGUACAUCGCUGCCUUCGCCGGUGCGGGCAUCACGCUCUUGGCUCUGGUGCACUGUUGCCUUCACUUGGCUGUGUACCAGGUGUACCUGAAGAUGCUGAGGCACAAGGUGAAAGAGGAGAGGAGAAGCUUUGACCUGUACAGGAGGACGCAGAGGGACAGAGGAGGGACACUGUGCUCUCCGUAUGCUACAAACACAUUGAGCAUCUCCUGACAGUGCACAGCUAUCACUGCAGGGGCUUUCCUUAUUUAGUUUUUCAGCAAACGUAUGCUUUCGUGAAGCGUUCCAGUUCAACUGUGGCACUCGGCAGAGUUGAAUUGAAUCCCUUCAUAUCUUCUUUUCAUGAAAAUAUUAAGAGUAGAUUGCAGCUUAAGUUGUAAAUUAGCACAAAUUCUGUUGAAUUUGCUUUUCUUGAAUCUGGGCUGAAUAUUUUGAGCUUAUAUCUUAAGUGUUUUAGGGGAUUUGACUUGGACUUAAAAAUAUACAUAAUUUUG